AUGCCUGUCUCCCGAUCCCCAUCCCAUCGUGCGCAAGCGUCAGCUAGGCGAAAUGCAGCUUCUGCCGUCGCUGAAGUCAACCCCUUGCUGGAGACGAAGGGGCUGCCUCGAUUUCAGUCCAUCGAUGUCAAGCAUGUGGAGCCAGCAAUGGAGGCUAUCUUGAAGUCGAUGCGUGAGGAUUUCAAGAGCCUCGAGGACGAGCUCCCUAAGAAAGACCCUGAGUACGAGGGGGUGGUGGAAUCGCUUGAGAAGCUGCGCCACCCACUCUCCUACAGCUGGGGUGUUGUCAGUCACUUGAACAACGUGAAAAACUCUGAUGCGCUCCGCGAAGUCCACCAAGCAGUCCAGCCGGAGGUAGUCAAGGCGUCCAUGGAACUAUCACAGAGCCGCGUUGUCUUCGAUGCCCUGGGCAGCUUGGAGAAGAGUGCUCUUCCCGAGUCCCGGCAGCGCAUUGUGGAAUCGGCUUUGCGCGAUAUGAGACUGAGCGGCGUGGACCUCGAG